AUUGCUCGGAAUUCCCGCCCCUGCUUCCGGUUUCUCUGUCAGGAACUCGCCAUGCUGUUCUGUCAUGAAACGUCACAUGAAGUUCGACUUCCGUCUCUUCUACUGCUGGACUGAUCGCGUUUCCGGCUGCGCAGUGGGGACAUGGAUCAGCUUUAUGGAGCGACUCUUUUACCGUUUGGCGCCCUGUGCCUGGUGUUCCUGUGGGAGUCCGCUGCCAGCUCCAUCAGGACUCUGUUCUGUUUGUCUUUUCUCAGAACGGAGUGUCCAGAGAGUAAAAUCCUGACCGUGGAGUAUCCCUGCGUCAGAGCUGGAGGCAAGAACAGCACAUGUUUCAGGAGGAAAUGCUGUGAAGGUUUCAGGUUUGUGAUGGGCCAGUGCAUCCCUGAAAGUGUGGACGUGUGCGCUGAGUCGCCCUGUGAGCAGCAGUGCACGGACAACUUUGGACGCGUGGUCUGCACCUGUUACCCUGGAUACAGGUUUGACAGAGAGAGACAUCGCAGCAACAAAUCUCCCUACUGUCUGGAUGUCAAUGAGUGUGAGCAGCCUGGCAGCAGUGUGUGUGACCACGAGUGUGUCAACACAAUGGGAAGCUUCCAGUGUCGCUGUCGCAGCGGCUACGUGCUGGCGCCGGACCAUCACUCCUGCAUCUCUGUGCACAACCUGAGUACAUCUGGGAAAUCCGACACCUUGAUGAGCGCUGGCACUUGCUCCUUCACGUGUCAGGAUUUUAUGAACAUGAAGAACAGCUUGUUACAACUUAAACUCAAGCUGGGCAACGCACAGUCACCGAACCUGGUGUCUGGUUUGGCGAACAGCAGUGAUAAACCGUCUCUGGGGAGGGCAGGAAAAGGUUCUGACAGCCCAUGUCCACCUGGUCUGCCUGGGCCACCAGGAGCUCCAGGAGUCCCUGGACACCCAGGAGAACCUGGAAAAAAAGGUGAUCCAGGAGAGAGGGGUCUGCCAGGUCCCAGGGGUGACAUGGGACCCAUGGGUCCAGAACCGGACCUUAAACAUAUUAAAAGAGGCCGCAGGGGUCCAGUGGGACCACCUGGAGCUGCAGGACGAGAUGGACUAAAGGGGGAGAGAGGAGCUCCAGGUUCCAGGGGUCCACCUGGCCCCCCCGGCUCCUUCGACUUCCUUCUGCUGAUGAUGGCGGACAUCCGUAAUGACAUCAUCGAGCUGCAGGAGAAGGUGUUUGGGGAGCGGCGGGGUCUCUCCCUGGACAGUCCCCCUCAGUCCAGUGGGGAGGUGGAUUUCACAGAGUGGGGCUCUGGACAGGGGGGUCUAAUGGUGGACACCUGACGUCCGAAUCUCUGACCGUGUCCACUGAGGCUCAGGUCCAGUCGCAGUCUUCACAGGUGAUGGACGUUGGAGGUGACGUGUAAAUAAAACUUCACAACUAAAGCUGGGAGGAAACAGGACCACGAGAUGUUUCUAUAAAAAACAAAAACAAAAACCAAACUGAAAACAAACAAACGUUUUUUUGCCGUCUUCACUCUGUUCAUACGCUGUGCUGUGAGUCAAGGUGAUGUGCGUGCGGGACGCUGAGAAGAGGAGACACAGUGUGAGCCUUGGUGUCUCCGAGCUGUGCCUCUGAGCUGAACCACUUCAAACGGUGAACUUUAUCGUCUUCAUCUCUUCCUGUUCCCCCGUCUGGAGACGCUGACAGUUUGCCUGCAGGGCAUCGGCACAAAACCCAGGAGCUGCACUUUGAGCCUCCCCUGCACCUGACUGUGGCGUCCGGGCCUCCAGUCUGAGCCGCUCUGUUCUCUCAGGCAGAAACUGUGGAAACUCCUACGUGGGAUUCACACGUACAGACAACCCUCCAAAAUCCAGUUGACGUGUGGGACAAAAACAGACGAGAACGAUGACAUGUUCAACACUUCCUCUUCAAGACUCACCAAAAAAUAGUUACUGCAGCAGCGCAGUUGUCGAAAUAUAAUUCUCACAUCUUAUAUCUGUGAGAAGGAAAAAAAACCCUGAUUUAUAAUCCAUUCAUAACCAGACAGUUGGCUGCAGAUGCUGUAUAUUCUUCCCUACAGGAAAUGGUUGAGCAGAAACAAUGGUACAUUCUGUUUCAUGUUGCACAGACACGAGGAAGGAAAGGAUUUUUAUGAUAUUUUAUUCACUGUGCCAAAAAAAAAAAAAAAAAACAACCCACAAAUAAAUGUUUUUCUA